AUGUCUGCGCAAGCUCCCCAUCCUACGGUCCUCAUCCCAGGGCCGAUUGAAUUCGACGAUGCCGUUCUUCAGUCCAUGUCGACGUACGGAGAGAGCCAUGUCGGCCCAGCUUUUGUCAAGAUAUUCGGCGAGACGUUGACUAUGCUUCGACAGCUUUUCCAAACCAAGGCUCCAGCCUCCCAGCCGUUUGUGAUUGCUGGCUCUGGAACGCUGGGCUGGGACUUUGUUGCGUCGAACUUGAUCGAACGCGGUGAAGAUGCCAUGGUGCUGCAUACCGGCUACUUUGGGGACUCACUGGCUGCCUGUCUGCAGACCUAUGGUGCAAACGCAACGCAGCUAAAGGCCCCAAUUGGCGAUAGACCGUCGCUUGAAGAGAUUGCAAAGGCUCUACAGGAACGUGACUACAAGAUCUUGACCGUGACACAUGUCGACACCUCUACGGGUGUGCUGAGUGACAUCAAGGCGGUCACGGAAGUUGUCCGAAAGGUCAGCCCCAACACGCUGGUCGUCGUCGAUGGUGUCUGCUCGGUGGGGUGCGAGGAGAUUGCCUUUGAUGAAUGGGAUCUCGACGUGGUACUCACUGCCGGCCAAAAGGCCAUUGGCUGCCCGCCAGGGCUGAGCAUCCUGAUGCUCUCGGGCCGUGCCAUGGACCGAGCAAAGAACAGGGCCACCCCUCCGGCGAGUUACUAUGCUUCGAUCCAGAACUGGUUGCCCAUCAUGCAGAACUAUGAGGCUGGAAAACCAUCCUACUUUGCCACGCCUGCCACCCAGCUGGUGCGCGCGCUGCACACCUCUCUUACCCAGAUCACCUCCAAGCCACUCGCAGAGCGGUUUGCGGUCCACAGAGCUACGUCUCAGCGGGUGAAGAAGGCUGUGUCCGACAUGGGCCUCCAGCAGCUAGCAACCAAGGAGGAGAACCAAGCAAACGCCAUGACGGCCAUUCGUCUGCCAGAGGGCCUGACUCCGCCCGACGUUCUUCCAAAACUUUUCCAGAGGGGCCUAGUCUUUGCUGGUGGCCUGCACAAGGAGAUUGCUUCCAAGUACAUUCGAUUCGGCCACAUGGGAGUGAGUGUGACGGAUCCCAGGCGGGACGAUAUCGACAAGGCCCUCGUCGCCUUGAAGGAGGUGUUUGAGGAAGUGAAGAAGUGA